CUCAGUCAGUCCCAAACUAUUCUCAGCGUCACUAUGACCUCCUUGAGUUUGUUGCCAGUUGUCCUAGCCCUGCUUUGUUCCAGCACCCUCUGCUCCCUGGGCUGUGACUUGACUCAGGGUCUUCAGGAAGACUUCUCACUUCUUAACCAAAUGAGCACAUCUUCCCUGGUGCCAUGUCUGAAGGAAUGGAACAACUUCAGCUUCCCAAAAGAAGCCCUGGAUAGAAGUCAACUUCAAAAGGAAAAUGCCACAGUCAUUGUUUAUGAGAUGGUCCAUCAGAUCUUUACCCUCUUCAGUCAAAAUGUUACUCCUGCCACUUGGAAUCAGACCCAGGUCAUUCAACUGCGAAUUGGACUGGAUCAUCAGCUAGGACAGCUGGAAAGUUGUCUUAGACAAGAUGCAGAGUGGGAAGUACCUUCCUUGGGAAGUGAAAAUCCCAUGAUGGCUCUGAAGAGCUAUUUCCAAGGAAUAAGCCAAUACCUUAAAGGAAAAGGGUAUAGUCGCUGUGCCUGGGAAUUCACCCGGGUAGAAAUCAGGAGAUGCAUUCUGUUCAUGAGCAAUCUCACCAGAAAAUUCAAGGACUAA